GGAGGGCGGGAUGGGGGGGCGGUGGCGGCGGGCCGGGAGGCAGCGGCGGGCUGGGUACCGUGCUGCGCCGCCGCGCUUCUCCCUGGUGCCGCGCAAGGAAGGAGAGAUGCCUUUUGAUUGCAAGACAGCUGAAAUGUUUUGAGAGCUGCUUCUCCUUUCCUAACCAUGAACAGUUCAAAAUCACCAGGGCUGGGUGGAUUUGGAAUCCUGAGAAACACAACCUGCCACACGGAGAAGAAGAUUUCAGUUUUCUUUUCAAUAAUCUUCAUGACAGUGGGAAUUCUGUCCAACAGUCUUGCAAUAGCAAUUCUCCUGAAGGCAUAUCAGAGAUUUAGACAGAAAUCGAAAGCCUCGUUUUUGCUUCUCGCUAGCGGCUUGGUUGUCACAGAUCUCUUUGGCCACCUCAUCAAUGGAGCCAUUGCAGUGUUUGUGUAUGCAUCGGAUAAAGAUUGGAUUCGAUUUAACCAGUCCAACAUUCUUUGCAGUGUUUUUGGCAUCUGCAUGGUUUUCUUUGGUUUGUGCCCACUCUUCCUGGGCAGUGUGAUGGCUGUUGAAAGGUGCAUUGGAGUCACUAAGCCGAUAUUUCACUCUACAAAAAUGACUUCUAAACAUGUGAAAAUGAUGUUGACUAUGGUAUGUCUGUUUGCUGUUCUUAUAGCUUUGCUGCCUGUUCUUAGGUUUAGAGCCUAUCAAAUUCAAGCAUCGAGGACCUGGUGCUUCUAUAAAACAGAACAUGUUGAGGACUGGGAAGACAGAUUUUAUCUCUUACUUUUUUCUUGCCUUGGGUUACUGGCCCUUGCUGUUUCAUUCUUGUGCAAUGCAGUCACAGGAAUUACUCUUUUAAGAGUCAAAUUUAAAAGUCAACAAAGACAAGGCAGAUCUCAUCAUUUUGAAAUGAUCAUUCAGCUCUUGGCUAUAAUGUGUGUUUCUUGCAUUUGCUGGAGUCCAUUCCUGGUGACAAUGGCCAAAAUUGGGAUAAAUGAGAGUCGUUCAAAGGAGACCUGUGAAACAAUACUUUUCGCUCUUCGAAUGGCAACGUGGAAUCAGAUUUUAGAUCCCUGGGUGUACAUUCUUCUCCGGAAAGCAGUUCUUAAAAACCUGUACAAGAUUGCAAGGGGAUGUUGUGGUGUGCACAUCAUAAACUUACACAUGUGGGAACUCAGCUCCAUCAAGAAUUCUUUGAAGGUUGCAGCAAUAUCUGAGUCACCAGUAAGUUCCAAACAAAUAAACCUACAGCCGCUCAGCAAUACAGGGAAUUAAACACAAUGUAUGGAGAGAUGAUGGAGGCAGCUCUCAUGCAUGGGCAACAUGUUAAAAUUAAUUCCAAGGCUCCGUGUUUGGCACUUGUUUAAAAUCUUGAGCGGUUUGCUCUUGCUACUAACCGGUUUGAUAUCGCUACUCCGAAAGAUGCACUUGAAUGUUUUCCCUUUAGAAUACAUUCUGUCCAAAACUGGUAGUAGAGUGAUGAAUCGUCCUGUAUUCCUCUUUUCCAGGUAUUAAAGUGAACAGGGUUCCUUAUAACACUCCCCUACCAAAUCCUUUACCUUAGCAGGCUUCUUAAGAACACAUGCAAUUGUGAAAGUCAUCUCCAAGGUCAUUUUUAAAAGGGGUAGAUUUUAUCUACCAGUGAUACCCUCAGAUAUUUUGCAGAGUAACUGCUUCCUAGGGUGAACUCCAGCAUCCUUUCCCUAAGGGUAUUCUUUGCUUUUAGGCAUUGAAUUUCCAGUUAGAUAUAUAAAAGGCAUUUUGUUUGUGCUCAACUUAUUAAAUGAUCAAAUUUGCAUGGUUCAUUGACUUGACCUCUUAAUUAUUUACUGUUUCAUGAAUUUUUGGGAGAGCUGCAGACUUCAUCAGCUUAAUCAUUCCUUUCAAAUCACUGACAAACCAUGAAGUUCCUUGUGGGAACAUAGCAGAUCAGCUCAGCUUGCUUGAAGUUACAUUUUCUGAUCUAUUGGUGAGUUUUUAGUCCUUUCAACAAAUUUUGUUGAAACUAACAGGCAUAAAGCUGUGGUUAGUCUGUAAACAAUAUAGUUGUUUCAUUUUUUCAACUCCCAAACUGGAGGAAGUAUCUUGAAGUGUUCCUGUAAGGCAUAUACUGUAUUGCUCAUGAGGUAUAUGUGCUUCAUUUGUAAAAGGUCACACGUGUCUCAUGAAAAAUGAGUGCGACCAAAUGAGCAUCUCUGCAGGGAACUGCACUGGGGGUGUGUUGUUUUGUUGGGUUUUUUUGGUGAAAACAAAUGGCACACUUAGUUUUUCAGGGUCUGUGUCUGAAUUGCUGAGGGUAUUCAGUGUAUUUAAAGGGAUCAGAAAGUUUCCAGGACUUUGCACAGGAGGACCUUCACCUUUAAUGCUGCUAAAAUGAGCUUUGAUUUUUGUGACUGUAUUCUUGUUCAAAAACAAAAAUAAGAGUAUCAGACUUGUAGCAGAGGGAUUGUUUUAGGACAGAAAUGUCUAUGUUAUUUUUACCUGCUUUAAAUAACUGCAUUAGUGAAUUGUUGGAGUAUUUUGACAAAGUACUUAAAAACUGAUUCACCAGGUAGUCUGAGGGACCAAAGCUAUUCACAAGGUACAAAUUCAUGUUGUAUGUGAGAAUAGUUUAAGGCAGAAAAUAAAAAAACCAAAGGGUUUAAAUAUUUCAUUUUUGGUUUAAAAGCUAUUUCCUUUUUGUUUUAAAAAGGUUGAAAAAUAAGUGGGUUAAAUAACCCUUUAAUGAAAUGAAAUGGCUUCAUUUACCCUAAAGAAUUUCUAUAUGUGAUUUAUUUUCUCAGUCACAGAGCUGAUAAACCGUGGACAGAUUUGAUGCUGGUAUAAGCUCCACACUGUUGCUUCAAGUGGGUUCUGCUGAAUAGUGAAAGCAUCCAGUCAAUGUUAAGUUUGGCAUUUUCAUUUCACAGAAUGUGAUGCCAGUGUAUCUGUUGACAUAAAUUAUUUGUUCUUUAUGGAAGAUUGUUGUUUUAGCAGCUGCAAAAAUAAUGCUGGUCUGUAAAUUGUUGAGAUGUUUGAUCGGUGAAUGAAGCUCGUCAAUGUUUCCUUUUGUUAUGUGAAUAAAUGUAGCUUGUGUAGUUCAUGCUGGUUGACUUGUAAAACAAAAGUUUAUAUGUAUAUGUGAUUUCUUAUAUUUUGUGUACUAAUACAUAUUGAAUGUAAAUUGCAAAGCCUCAUUAAAGUUAUCAAACUGUAUC